UCUUACUGAGCGAAGUUUCGAACAAAUAACUGAUAAACAGGUGAAUUUGUGAGAGCAGGUGUGAUGGCCUCGGAGGAACAGUCCGGAGCAGCAGGAGGGAGGACGAGGAGAAGCAGUAAACACGAGCCUCCAACAGUGUCACUCAGGUUGGUUCUGGUCGGGAAGACUGGAGAAGGAAAGAGCUCCAGUGGAAACACCAUCCUGGGAAGAGAGGCCUUCAGAGCUGCGUCCAGUCAUUCCUCAGUGACGGCUGAGUGCUCCAAGCAGCAGGAGAAGCUGUUCCAGAGGACCAUCUCUGUGGUGGACACUCCCGGCCUCUUCGACACCACGAUGUCUGAAGACGCCGUGAAGAGGGAGAUCUCCAAAUGCAUCAACAUGUCGGCCCCGGGGCCCCACGCCAUCCUGCUGGUCAUCAGGGUGGGACCCUUCUCUGCAGAGGAACGAGACGCCGUGAAGAAGGUGGAGGAGAUCUUUGGAGAGGGUGCCUGGAGGUACACCAUGAUCCUCUUCACCCACGGAGACAAAGUCGAAGAAGACUUUGAUGAGUUCAUAAAGGAGGAGUCGGGACCUGAGCUGCAGGAGGUCCUGAUGAAGGCUGGAAACAGAUACCACGUCUUCAACAAUCUCAGAGCCAACGACCGUCGCCAAGUCUUGAACCUGCUGGAGAAGGUGGACAAGAUGGUGGCCGACAACGGAGGAGAGUCUUACUCCAACAAAACCUACCUGCAGGUGGAGGAGAUGCUGAAACAGAGAGAGUCAGAGCUCAGAGAGUUCUACGAGAAGAAGCUGACGGAGGAAGAAGACAAGGUGAAGUCAGAGUACGAGAAGAAGCUGACGGAGGCUCGGGAGGAGAAACAGCAGUUAGAGAAACGACUGUGGUGUGAGCUGGAGGAGGUGAGGAGGUACUAUCGGGCUUUAGAGAACGGAGUCCGUCAGAUCGUGGAGCAGAUGACCAGAGAUGACUGUUUUGAUGAAAUCCUCACCAAGUUCCACGAGACCUUGAAGCUGAACUGA